AUGGUCGGUUUCUCACCUCUCGAUGAGCGCAGCAUAUGGAUAAAUAGACCUACAAAUAUGACCAUCCAUAUCAGUGUUCUGCACAACGUUCCAAACUCAUUUGCAUGCGGGAUCGCUUGCGGAUCCUCCACUACAUCAAAGAUUGCUUAUUGUAAUCAAACUUUCAUUGGGAUCAAAUUCGGGGACAAUUUGUUGGUCGGGUUGGAUGAAAUCAAACCGAUUGGUCAAUUGAAUGACAUUGUGAUGAAUAAAUUGCAAUUCACCGUGGGCAGAAUUGCCAUGAAAAAUAAGAGUAUUUUUCCCAGAUAUCGAGCUUCAAUGAAUACGGAUUAUGUUUCCCGAAGACAUCACGCAGAUCACUCGCUCAUCAAUGUAUUCUCAUAUUUCUUAACAGAUCCCCAAUCUGAAAAGACGAGAAACCAGAUCAGAAUAUCAAUUUCCGUGACAAUGGCUGAUCCUGCAGUGGUACAAGGCAAAGAAAUUUUCGAAUUAUCUGAUGCGAUGGAGGAAGAACGAUGUGAUGGAAUACUGAAGUUCACCCCAAGCGAAUUAUGA